AUGGUCGGAAGAAACAGCGAAACGAGACUGAAUAACGCAGGUCAGAAGAACGAUGGUGAGGAGCGAGCUCUCGACAGCAUGUCGCGAAUUUGGGCUCCCAUCUCCGAACGGUCCGCUGCUGUAGUCGGUGCAGGGCCAGAGCAUGACGAAUGGGUUCAUGAAAGGAAUAUGGUGGGAGCUGAUGAGAAGAUUGAGGAAUACCUUAAUCAGUAA